AGAAACCCUCGUCUCUCUUCUCCGUCUCCGCCGUAUUUCAAUUUCUGGGAUUUUCUCACAAUAGGAGUAAGGGCUUCUUUCUCAUCAACAACAAGGGUUUCUGCUUUGUAAAUAUGUCUAGAGGCACUGAUUCCUCUCCUUCACUAGUAAGUCUUGAAGAAAUAAUUGAUCGAAUCGAAUCAUGCAAUAUUGAUGAUGAACUUGGAAGUCGUGAAAUUGUUAAGCGUCUUCGUUCUGAAUAUCCAGAUUAUGAACAACUAAACGAAGAACUGUUUACCAAACGCGUCAAAAAAGCCUUGAGACAGAGAAGAUUGUCUCUUCCGAAGGGUGUUAGAAAUGGGGAAACGAAAAUUAGUGACGAUCGUAAGGAAGUGACCAAGGAAGCAACUGGACUGAGAUUUGAGGAUAUCGGAGGAUUAAAAGAGGUUUUGGAAGAGUUGAAGUGGGGAGUGAUGUUUCCACUUUGCAAUCCAGAGGUGCCUAAGGAGUUGGGUUUUAAACCCCUAGCUGGGAUAUUGCUGCAUGGACCACCUGGAUGUGGAAAGACUAAGCUUGCUCAUGCAAUUGCAAAUGAAGCUGGAGUUCCUUUUUACAAGAGAUCUGCUGCUGAAGUCGUUUCUGGAGUCGCAGGUGAAUCCGAAGAGAACAUAAGGAACCUGUUCUCGGAAGCACAUAGGACAGCUCCGUCAAUUAUAUUCAUUGAUGAGAUUGACGCUAUUGCUUCAAAAAGAGGAGAUCUACAAAGGGAUAUGGAACAGCGAAUUGUGACACAAUUAUUGACCUGCAUGGAUGAGCCAUACCAAGUCCUAGCCACUUCAGUGAAAAAUUCAGGUUCAGCAAGAUCUGGAAAACGACCCGGUUAUGUUCUUGUAAUUGGAGCGACAAAUAGACCUGAUGCUCUAGAUCCAGCCCUCAGAAGGCCUGGACGAUUUGAUCGAGAGAUUGCUUUGGGUGUUCCUGAUGAAAAUGCACGAGCUGAAAUCCUAUCUGUGGUGACACGCAAUCUUAAACUUUCGAAGGAUUGUUACUUCGAUCUUGCAAAAAUUGCCAAAGCUACACCAGGUUUUGUUGGAGCUGACUUGUCAGCAUUGGCUACCGAGGCUGGUAAUCUUGCAAUGAAAAGGAUAAGUUAUAGCAGAAAACCCGAUACUGAAGAGGCCAAUAUCAACUGGUGGAGUCGGCGGCUGGAACCAGGGGAGAGGAAAGACCUUGACAUAAGGAUGACGGAUUUUGAGGAAGCAGUGAAAAUGGUCCAGCCAUCUUUAAGAAGAGAAGGAUUUUCAGCUAUUCCCAAUGUCAAGUGGGAGGAUAUUGGAGGGCUUGAUUUCUUGAGGAAGGAAUUUGACGAUUAUAUUGUCAGUCGUAUAAAAUACCCUGAGGAAUAUGAGGAAUUUGGUGUAGGUUUUGAGCAAGGAUUUUUGCUUUAUGGCCCUCCAGGUUGUGGUAAAACUUCAAUUGCCAAGGCGGUAGCAAAUGAGGCAGGGGCAAAUUUCAUCCACAUUAAGGGUCCUGAACUUCUGAAUAAGUACGUGGGAGAGAGUGAGUUGGCCAUUCGAACGAUAUUCAGUCGUGCUAGGACAUGUUCUCCCUGCAUUCUUUUCUUUGAUGAGGUAGAAACAAUAACAACAAAGAGGGGAAACGAUGGAGGGAGGGUUGUUGAGCGGCUUUUGACCCAGUUACUCAUAGAGCUAGAUGGGGGUGACAAGCGAAAAGGUGUUUUUGUGAUUGGUGCUACAAACAGGCCGGAGGUGAUGGAUGAGGCCGUCAAAAGACCUGGUCGUCUAGGGAAACACAUGUAUGUCCCCUUGCCGGGUCCGGAAGAACGCGGGUUGAUUUUAAAAGCCCUUACCAAGGAUAAACCUAUAUCCGAGGAAGUAGAUUUAGUUGCCAUUGGUCUGAAAAAAUCUUGCGAGAAUUUAAGUGGAGCAGAUCUUGCUAGAGUGGUUGAUAAAGCUGCCAUGAUUGCUCUGUUGGAAAAGCGAGUUUCGCAAAUGUCAGUUGAAGUCGGUUCUGAAAUGAGGAAAUGGACGAUCAAUGAAACACACUUUGAUCAAGCUGUGGAGACCGUCUCACCAUCUGUUACAGACGAGAAGCAGCGAAGUAGAUGCCAUCAAGAAUCAAUAUCUUGUUUUCCUUUCUUUCACAAAUUAUUCGGGGUAAGAACUUAAGAUUAUGAUGUCAGUUCCACUGUCGAAACUGUUGGUGCCAUCAGGAAAGGAAGGAACCCAUAUUCUUUGUUCUUUCUUUAUACAAAAUUAUAGAUCGGACUUGAGAUUUGCGUCCAAAUUGUAAGCAAAGCUUUGUCUUAGGUUUACUUGUAUUUAGAUUUGUAGUGCAUCAGUGAAUUUUGAAUCUACCCGAAGAAAGAUUUUAUCUUGCUGUGGUAUGGUCUCUUGUAAUUGAUUUUUGGGGUUAUAUUUCUCGAAA